AUGUCUCAUUCCCUCGAGUGUGAGCUGAAAGUUGGUAGACUAGCAAAUUUUGAUCUUGACCUCCCCGGAAACCUCUUUGUUCGGUACUAUAUAUUUCCCGGCAAUGGGAGAAGGAUUCGCGUGGACACCCAAGAGAUCCGAUCCACGGGCAACCCUCGUUGGAACGAGCUUGCAUCAUUCGAGUGUUGGGGUGCCUCGGACCCCAUUGGAGAGCUACUCGAGCACCAAAGUAUUGUGUUCGAGCUGCGAUGGAGAAGAACCAUGCCAGUUCUUGGAAGGUUCACAGGAUCUAAGCUCUUGGGAAGAGGAAAGCUUGCAUGGAAGGACGUGUUGGGCACCAGCGACGCGUCGUUGGAGAGAUGGGUCAGCUUUGUUACAACAAGUCGAGGAUUAAACGGGCUCAAAUCGCCCACUUUGUUCAUAGAGAUGAAGGUUAAUGUUGUGAAUGUGAAGUACAAGGGGAGGGUUGGCCACUUGAUGAGUUUGAAGGACUGUGGUUGUAAGCACUGUGACUGGAUUGGAAGUGAGGAGGAUAUGUUUCAAGCUGCAACGAUAGUUGAUGGAUGGUGA